AUGGCUGUGGCGCGGUCGGGUCUGCCUCUCCUGCUGUUCCUGGUCCUCGGCACCGCGUUCUCCCUCACCAUUGGCAAGCCGAAGAGCCUGUCCACGGACGCGGAGUUCAGCAAGGAAGCGUUCUUAAAAAAGUACGGCCAUGAUUAUGGAUAUGAUGGUCGCAUUGACGAGCUUUUCGAGCGAGAGAUCGGCAACAGGCUGAAUGGAAGUCAUUACCUGGAUAACACAGGUGCUGCACUGUACUGGAAUUCCCAGGUGGAGGCCCUGUCUCGGGACCUGGAGACGCACGCCUUUGGCAACCCGCACAGCGUCAACCCCCCCUCCCUGCUGACCGACGCGCGUGUGGAUUCGGCGCGGCGCCGCCUGCUGGCGCUGUUUGGCGCCGACGAGACCACGCAUGACCUGGUGCUGACGCGGUCCGGCACGGGGGCGCUGAACCUGCUGGGGGACGCCUUUCCCUGGACCCCGGAGUCCACCUACGCCUUCACCCGCGCCAACCACAACAGCGUGCUGGGCAUCCGGUCGGUGGCGGGGCAGUACGGCGCGCAGUACGGCGCGCUCCUCUUUGCCUACCCCGCGCGGGACAACUACGACGGCGUCAUGUACCCGCUGAAGUGGGUGCAGGCGGUGCAGGCCAAGAGCACGCCGGGGCACAAAUGGAAGGUGCUGCUGGACGCGGCGGCCUUCGCGCCCACCGCCCCGCUCAACCUGACGGAGACCCCCGCCGACUACGUCAUCCUCUCCUUCUACAAGCUCUUCGGCCUGCCCACCGGUGUGGGCGCGCUGAUCGUGCGGCGGGAGGGCGCCGCCCCCCUGCGCAAGGCCUACUGGGGCGGCGGCUCAGUGUUCCUGGCCACCUCGGCCCUGGACUGGCACCACCGCCGCCUGCCCCCGGCCUCGCUGGAGGACGGCACGCUGCCUUUCCUGGACAUCGUGGCUCUGCAGUACGGGCUGGAUGCCUUUGAGCGCCUGGGCGGCAUCCACGCCAUCAAGCGCCACGUCGGCACGCUGGCGGCCCACCUGUACGACCGCGUGCGGGGCCUGCGCCACUCCAACGGCGCGCCCCUGCUCCGCGUCUUCGGGAAGCACGAAGACCCGCGUCGCGCCGAGGUCCAGGCCGCGACGCUGAACUUCGAGAUCCUGACGCCGCGCGGCGGCGUCUACUCCUACCGCACCGCCGGCGUGGAGGCCGCGGCCGCCGGGGUCUACAUGCGCCUGGGCUGCACCUGCAACCCGGGCGCCUGCUACGCCGCGCUGGGCGUGCGCGACGGGGAGGUGGCCGACUUUGCCGCCACCAAGCACGACAACUGGACCGACUGGGAGUGGAUCACGGUGACGCGCGGCGUGGAGCCGGGGGGCGCGCCGGAGCAGGUGGUGCUGCCGCUGGGGUCCAUCCGCGCCAGCCUGGGCGCGCUGAGCCGGUGGGAGGACGUGGACGCGCUGGCGCGCUUCCUGGAGGCCAAGUACGUCGACCGCCCCGAGGGCGGCGGCGGCGAGACCACGGGCGGACCCAUCCCGCCCAUCGACUACUGCUGA